CAGCAGCUCCCUUCAUCGACAGAGACAGAGCUUCGUCGGUCCUCAUCACUUUGGAGAGGACUUCCCUGAGGUUUUGCAGUGAGCUGGCACCGGCCUCGCUAUGCCUGCAAUAGCCGCGUAGCUGGGCUCGGUCCGUAUUCGCGCAUACAAGCUACAUCUACGCACGGCGGCGGCUUGAAGCUCGAGCAUGUCGACUUCUCGCCCCCACAUUGGGAGCGUCAUCUCGCCCAUGGAGCUGGCCGCGCCUUCUCCAUCGUCGUCGUCCUCACCGGAGAACUCAAGGCGUCGGCCGUCGAGCUUGGAUUUACAUCCUCUUGAUCUCAAUGAGCUUGAGCCCCUGCCGCCGUCGCAGGCAGAGCAAGGCUCGAGCGCCGAUGCCCCUCAAUUCCCCAUCGCCUCGACACCCCCUUCGACCUCGACCAAGUCGCAAUCAUCGAGCCGUAGAAAGCAGCAGCAGAGACAGCAGAGGCAAGGAUCUUCAUCUGCAUCCAAUGCGUCGUCUUCUAUGGACCCGGCGCGCGACGCCGUCCUCGUCACCAGCCCGAAGUCAAUAGCAUCGGUGCCCAGCAGAAGCAGCUUCGAAAGCACCGGCGAAUCGGGCUGGCAGCCGGCGACGGCGCACUAUGUGACGGUGUCGUCGAUCCUCAGCCGGUCCGGCGCGGCCAUAGCUGCGGCCGAGUUUGACUCGCGCGGCUCCCUUCGGCCCACUUCCAAUGCUGCCUCUUUGUCGGCACACCGCCGGAGAGGCUCGUCUUCCUCCUCUUCCUCGUCCUCCUCGUCCGCCACCGGUGCCGUAGCGCCAGAGAGAGAAGAAGGGGAGAGACCGAGACCAAGGCUGAUGCCGCGUCACAAAUCCAGCGUUGAUGUCCGCGGCGGGAAGAGACCGGCAAGCAAUGGCAGCGCCCUCGAAGCGCUUGGCGCGCUGCUGCUCCAGCGGGACUCGAGCGGCAAGGUCGCGAGUCUCAGUUUCACCCGUCACGACGGCAAGCGGUCGCGCUUGUCAAGCUUCAUCGAUGUCGGAAAGAGGGGUGGUGGUGGUGGUGGCAGCAGCAGCGCCGGGAGCAGCAGCAGGCCCCUCAUGACGGCAUCCCAGGCCAUCUCGUCAGUAUCCCGAGCCUGGCUCCAGGGUGUCAAGGAGGCUGGUGCCUCUCGCUUGGGCAUCAAGAUGCCCUCGACGAGAGACGGACGUGGCCAGACGAUUGCGCAGCGUAGAGCGCGAAGGCAGGGCGCCAUGGCAUUUGAAGCGUCGAUGAACGACGACGGCGAGAGCGGCUUCCGCCUGGUGGGCACGAGGGCGGGCCAUCCUACGUUUGAAGUGGGAGUCGAAAGGGGAGACAGCGUGCCUCCAGAUCACUUGGAGCCGCCCGACGACCUCUCGCUUGGCCAUCUGGCGCCAGCCGAGGACGAAAUGGUCUCGUUGGCGGCAGGCGGUCCUCAGAAGAUCUCGGCAAGGAAGAGAACGAUCCUGGACGAGCCAUUGACAGGGCCCAGAUCCAAGAAUGUAUUUGGUCCUGGCUCCGCAUUUGCACUUGAGGAUCCGCCAGAUGCACCGCCCUCUCCCGUCGCCAUGCCCGGCGCCUGGUGGGGAGGCAGUGGCAGCUUUUGGGGCAGCCGUAGUGGAGAAGGCCACGAGGAGGGCGCCCUCCUUCUGCCACCGCCCUUGCUCGACGAUCAGGGCAGCGAUGCAAAGAGCUUCGAGGGGCUGCUUGGCGUGCGACGGAUGAGGGAACAGGAACGAGCGAGGAAGCAGCUGGAGAAGCUCAAGGCCCGCAACAGACCAGCACACAAGGUCGGCAUGCUGACGGCCUUUGGCAAUUUCAUCAAGGCCGCACAUGCUGCCGAUAAAGCUUCCAAAGCCGCAGCCAAGGCUGGCCAGAGCAGGGGCCGAGAUGCCCCGUCAAUGUUCGAAGACAGGCCUGGUGGGAUGCAGAGGCGGCACACCGAACCAAUGGACUUCAAUCCGACUCUGACUGUCCCUGACUCGGAUCAUGAGUCGGAAGAGGAGGAGGAAGAUGAGAGAGACGAGGAGGCCGAGGAUGGCAUCACCUCUGCUCAAGCAGAUACACCUCGCCUUCUCGAUACGGUCUAUGAGGGCGGCGGUAGCGAGCAACAGCAGCAGCAACAGCAGCAGCAGCAGAGCUCACUCACAAGAAGAGAACGAUCUCGGCCACCCUCGCGAAGGUCCUCGCUCAUUUACCAGGUGCACCACUCCGACUAUCCGAGGGCACCCCGCCUGGUGCCUAUCCACACGCCAGGUACCAACACACCCUUUACGCCCAUGUCCCUCGACGGUCACAGCAGGUCUCUGGACAGCGACUACAUCUCUUCCAGGAUUUUGUCCAUCCAUGAGCCUGCCACGCCUCGGAUCGGCCCUACCCUUCUCUCCCUGCCUCCCUCGCCGUGGACUCCUUACCUGGAUAACGGACAACAGAGCCAAUCUCACCAAACAACUUUUCUCGUCAUGACACCGGUCCAAGGACCACCAGGAACACCACGACUCGCGCCCACAUACGUCGAAAUGAACCCUUCGCCGUUCCCCACACCUAGCCUGUACAAUCGUUCGCCGCGCAUCGCCAGCCACUUGGGCCCGCUAACAACCCUGGACGACGAUGACGGAAAGAAGACGGCCGGUGUGACCUCGUCUCCUCCCAACCACUUCUCACCGCUCGCUCUGUCUCCUACGGCAUCGCCAACCUUGUCAGCAUCGCAAAAGCUGAGGAAGCGAAAGACGCAUGGGCGCGGCGUCGGACAGGGUAACGACAGCGGCACUCUGACACCCUCGCGGUUGACACCAGCGCAAAUGAUCAGGACUCCGUCAAAAGAACGAGACCGACAAAGUCUGAUGCACCAGUACGUUACAGCUGACAUGGAUGCGGAGACCCCGAGCCUAUCCAAUGGUGAUUCCCAUCCACACCCCCGCUUCACGGAAGAGGUGGUGAAAAAAGACGAGGAGCAGAAGCAGGAGGCGGCUGGUGAGCCAGCCCAACGACCGCCUCAGCGCCGCUCGUUUUUGCUCUGGUUCCUCUUGGGUGAUCUUGGCCUCGGUACACGCUCAAAGAUUGCUGCCAAAGCUAGUGGGUCUCCCGAGCCGCAAUCCGCCAAGAACCAGCCGAUCUUGGUCCGCUUCACAAUCUCACUCGCAGCCCACACCUACGGUUUCCUCAUCUUUGUUCUUGCGCACCUCGUGGACCUGGUCUACCGGAUCGCAGAGAACUUGUCGCUCAUCUUCUGGUUCCUGCAUUGGACGUUUAUGAAUCUGACCGGCCAGACGGUGCUAAGCCGCUGUGCCAUCGAGGCCUAUCGACUUGUGCAGAACGAAUGGGCGACUGUAUCGAUGGAGGAUCACGAAGAAAAGGGAACGAAAAUCGAGAGGCGGAAGAGCACAGAUGUUGGAUACAGAAGGCCAAGCCUCGGCGGUACGGGGAGCACCAGCGUCAGCGUCGGGAGCAACUCGGCAAGGCGAAAGAGUCUCGGUGACAAUGUGACUCCCGGCGAUGACGAGGAAAAGCACGAGGACGUCAGCGAGGUGAGGCCCAAAGGCUUGAGCCGAUGGCAAGUCCUGCGAGGCCUGUUCGAGCUCUAUUGUCUGCAAGAUGUCACACGACAGCGAUACGUCGCUGAAGGAGCAGGUCUCGAGAAGAUCGAAGGAUGGUCAACGAGAAGGACGCCUUCGAGAUCAACACCGCUCAACGAGCAAACGCCGGUGGCGUCCGACUCUGCAAAGCCGGACCGAGUUGACCUCGGCGCCAAACGUUCAGCUGACCGACGGGCUAGGGAAGAGAGCGCCAAUUCGUUGUUGCAGCGGAGGGAUGAUGCUACUGAGGAGGGAAGCAACGACGAGUCUGAUGAUGAAGACUCCGAUGAGAGUGACGACGAAGAGGAAAGCAGCGAUGACGAAAUGGUCGUGACGAGGCAGGGGCCCGAUGUCUUGGAAUUUACAAAGACGCCGAGAAUCGAGCAGCGGGAUCGGUCUACAGGCAGCGGCAGCGGUGGUGGUUAUUUUGGCUCCCUGUCCUCGAACAAGAAGGAGUCUCGUACAAAGCAAGGAGCAGCAAAGAAGACCCAAGUGACAAAUUCCGAGGCACGCCAAAUGAUCAAGACUAUAAAGUGGGCAAGUCGACUGGCAAUAUCGGCCUAUGGGCUGCACGUCACCCUGGUGGAUCUGCCCGAGACUUUUACGCCAUCUGGCAACCGCUUCUCCCGCCAGACGUUUGCCCACUUGUCCCGGCUGCAUCACGAGGAUGUCCUUCAUGCCGACAUCCAGACGCUCGACUCGGAUGCCUACAGUCCGACUUUCUAUCUCGUCCGUGACUACUCGAGAAAGGUCGUCGUUGUCAGCGUUCGAGGAACACAGAGCCUGCAGGACAUUAUCGUCGAUUUGGAGAUGAUUGUGACGGACAUGGACCUGCCUCCGAUCGAAGGCAUCGACGGAGAGAUCAGCUCGUCGUCACCGUUGCGCUGCCAUGCAGGCAUCUUGCGGGCGGCAAAGGCACUCAUCGGUCGCGAUUCCACGCUCUUCACAACUCUUUCGCGGGCGCUCGAAGAGAAUGAGGGUUUCGGCAUCGUCUUUACCGGCCAUUCGCUCGGUGGAGCCAUCGCGAGCACCGUUGUUCUCCUCUUGAGCCAGUACAGAAAGACUGGUCAAGGUUUGAACGAUGGAGAAUGGGUAACGCACCACGAGAGCGGGCUCCCAGCUGAUCGUCCUAUACGGGCCAUCACAUUUGCUCACCCUGCCACGGUCAGCGCAGCGCUGGCUCAACGGUCGUCUCUCGGAAAGACGCCGCUGGUUCUUUCAGUCGUCCUGGGCAGCGACAUCAUCCCGCGUUGCGGACACGGUCAGGCUCGUGAGCUCCGUCGUGUUCUUGGUGCCUUGAGCCGUGUCCGCAGACGGCACGAGAAGGCCUUUCUCAAGAUCCAACAACGAGCCCGAAGCUAUCGAGCUUCUAAGAGCCAGAAAGGAGAGGCAGUCGACGAGGAGGAAAAAGAUGCAAGAGUGCAUAUUGCGACAUCGUGGUGGAGGUGGCGCAAACUGUCGCAGAAGCUCGCAAGUGGACAAGGCUUGAGCGGGGAAGAAGCCGAGAGAAAGAAGCGCAUUGAGACGGACCUCUGGAAGCUGAGAUGCGACGUCGAGGCGGACCUGUAUGCUGCCGUGGAGGCGCGCCAAAAAGCUGCUGCGACAGCCGCUAGAGGCCCGAAAUCGCCGUGGCUCUCGGGCGAGGGGGACAGCGCGCCUUUGCACCAGCUCACGACGAGGAGGCAGGCUUUGGAUGCCUCGACGAUGCACAGCGAAGCAGUCCAGGGCGGUAUCCUGGUGCCAGCGGGUCGAAACUAUUGGCUCGACUCAUCACCCGUCGAGGCCCACGCUGCUGCUCCUUCUUCCUCUUCCUCUUCUUCUUCUUCCAACUUUGGUUCUGACGGCAAGGGGUACGAAAAGGGGCGCGCCAAGGAAGACGAGGUCUCGGCAGAGCUCUACGAGGUGAAAUCGCCGCUGGGCUUUUUCAGCCUGCCGGAUCUGCAAACGAAGAUGUUUGCGCAUCACUUUCCAAGCGCCUACGAAACAGCUCUCUUGGAAGAUCUUCGCCUCUGAGUGUGUCUCCGAUGGCAGAGCUAGGCAAGGCAAGAAGGAAAGAAGAAUUGAAAGGACGAGGAAAGGCGUGUGCAGCAUACACGCAACGAAACCCGCCCUGUUUGUAAAACUUUAUCACACUGUAAUACGCAUGCAAGAAUAUCGUCGCAGGCCGGCCGCC